ACUAUGAAUUCAUGAUUGCACUCAUCUGUAAAAUGUCGUGGGUGGCAUAGAGUGUAAUCUGUGUGGACAUUUUAUGUUACUUUAAAAUAUCGGACUAUUUGCAGACCGCCGUAGAAUAGGCGGAGUUGAACUGAUCUAUCUGUGACAUCAUCUUAGGCGACGAAAACGAAACUUUUAGAAUAGUAAAGUAAGCUGGAGGCCGCAGACGAGAAGUUAAGCUGUUGUUGCUCAGUGGAUCGAAUUUGAAAAAGAAUCCUAUCGCCCAGUGGCAGAGGUAAGUGAUCAAGGAAAAAGCAGCAGCCAUUUACUUCCAUUCCAAGAUGGCUGUGAAACAGGAGAUGUGUGAGGUUGACCUAAAUACCAUGGCGCUAACAACUGCAGCUGUUAAGGAGGAGAACUGUGAAUGGGAGUCUGUCCACCCUAAGCAGGAGAAUCUCACUAUUAAGGAUGAAGAUCAUGAAGUGAGGUCAGUGGCCAUUAAAGAAGAGGCCGAGGAGAAGUGCGUAAAUAUUGAGACGCACAAACAUGAAAGUGUGGAGCACGACAACCUCAAGGUGAGGGCCGAGUCAGUGCAGUCUGAGACAAACGGGUCUCAGACCCUCCAUGAGUCUUCAAACUGUGAGGUCAAGGAGAGGACUGAGGAAACAUCAGCUGUUACAACUCCGAAAGAUCAACCAGCACCUUCAAUCUCUGCUGAUAUAAGAGAUAAACCUUUCUGUUGUUCUGAAUGUGGCAGACGAUUUUCGCAUUUAAGGAAGCUUCGACGUCACAUGAGAAUUCACACUGGGAAGAGUCCAUACCGCUGUUCUGAAUGUGGGAAACAAUUCUGUAGCGGGAAAAGUCUCAACAAACACACUAGACUGCACACCGGAGAGAAGCUGCAUUGCUGUUCUGAAUGUGGCAAAAGAUUCUUAGAUAGCGCAGAUCUUCAAAAACAUGCAAGAACUCACACUGGAGAGAAGCCGUAUUGCUGUUCAGAAUGUGGGAAACACUUUUCCUGGAAGAGCAGCCUUCAGAUCCAUACAAGGAUUCACACCGGAGAGAGGCCGUAUUCCUGUUCUGAAUGUGGCAAACGAUAUCGGGACAGGGGUUCCCUCAGGCACCACGCAAAGAGUCACACCCAAAGGGAGAUGUAUUGCUGUUCUGAGUGUGGCAAACAGUUUUCAAAAAGAAACACUCUUCAGAGCCACAAACGAAUUCACACUGCAGAGAAGUCCCAUUGCUGUUCUGAUUGUGGCAAAGAGUUUUCACAAAAGAGCAAUCUUCAAAACCACAAAAGAAUUCACACAGGAGAGAAGCCGUAUUGCUGUUCUGAGUGUGGCAAGCAGUUCUCACAAAAGAACAAUCUUAGGAGGCACAAAAGAAUUCAUACGGGAGAAAAGCCAUAUUGCUGUUCAGAAUGUGGGAAGCAGUUUUCACUGAAGUUUAAUCUGCGGAGCCACGAAAAGAUUCACACAAAAGAGAAGUCAUGCUGACUUACUUGACAACGGACACGGUUAUGCUUUUUAAUGUUCUGUGUUUAAGUUCCCUUUUCAUGUCUUAAUUUGUUUUAAUUUCAAGUAUUUUUUAUGUGUUAUUAUACAGUAUGUAUGUUAGGUGUAUAAUUUUUCAUUUAUUAUGUAGUUUUAUUUCUGUGUGUGUGUUUCUGUUCUGAUAUGUCCCUUGUAUUUUUUGGGCAGUUCCCCCGGCAGGCAGGGCCACCUCUCUUCCUCCAUGUUGAAUUGCACUAGCUCUGUUAAUCCAGAGGAGACCCACUGGUCAAAUGUGGUCCGUCCAUUUGUUCCUGUUGUUGGCGAGUUCUCUUAUGUUUUUUUUAGAAUAGUAUUGUUUUAUGUGAUUCACUAGAUUUCUGAUGUCUGGACUGUUUUUGACCAUGUGUCAAAAUCAUAUAAUGUAUAUAUGUAUGUAUAUGUGUAUACAGUACAUAUAAUAUAUGGGGAUAUCCAUUUGUGCUUUUGAGCAUUUUAUAUUUGCAGAACAUUUUUAAAAUAAAU